GUGUUUCCCCUCUGCCGCUAGAACAGGUUCACUCACCGAGCCAGCAAAUACAGUCCGAUUAGGGAGUAAAGUCACUUCUUUUAUUAAAGAAACUCUAAUUAAUCAACUAUUACAACUAUGUGGUUACACCUGCGCUUCGAUUUCUCGCCCCAAAAUUCUCGUAGUCUCUUGCCUUCUCGUCUUCUGCGCCGCUUCAUAAUUCCAGAACCUAUCGCUCGUCGCCUUCACCGUCACCAGGGAGUCCGGACUUGUCGCUCGCCGGAAAUCUUGAAACCUUUGAGGCGCAGCACAUAUUGAUGGAGAAGAUUUUCACCGGCUAAAGAUGGUAGAGCUGUGCUAUAACUAUAUUCGCCCAACACUAUAAGAUGGUUACAGAUGCCCAUGCGCCACAGCUGAAGAAGACACAAGUUAAUGUUGUAUCAAGCAUAGAGCUACAAAAACUGACAACUUAAAUGCUCAAUCUUUAAACAAGUUGGAAUCCUCUGUAAGGAAAGUACCUGAAAGCUAUUUGAGAGAAUCAUUAAGAGUAGAAAGAGAUGGGUCACCGGAUUUUCAUAUUAAUAUAGGGAAGCAUGCUAAUGAAGUUGUAACUAUGAUUAAAAAUGAGGAUUCAAGGUCCGGAUUUCCCAGCACUUGCAAUAGAGCCAAAAAGAGUACAAUGCCACUAAGUAUCAGAUCUUUGAGUACUUGUGACAACGAAAGCAAGACUAGAAGUCCACAUCGAAUCAGAUCUUUGAGUGCUUGUGAUAAAAACAACGAGAAAAGAAACCCAUCAUUGAUGGCGAGAAAUGAGGAUGGAAGAAGGUCAAGUCCUGAGAGUAAACAGCGAAAGGUGAAUGAGGAAAGCAGAACUUCAGGGGGGAUUGAUAGCAAAAGUGAUGACAGUGGUAAGAAGACAAUUAGAAAGCAUUUGCAUGUUCGCGCUUACAAAAAAUUAUUGACAAAACAUGCAAUAGCUGGUGGAAACCAUGGUGGCAAGUAUGUUAAAGAGAAAUCUUCGCAACAGGGGUAUUUUAUGAAUUUAGGGACAAAUAGUUCCAAGGAAGUAAAGGUGAGUGGAGAUGUGGGCAUGAUGAAGGAGGGCGUACAAGAUGAGAUAGAACUACGUGUAGAAACGACUGAGUCACUAGAGAAAAUUGACUCAAAAAAUAAAAAGCUAUCAGAACUAUGCAAUCAUGAUCCCAGUGUGAUAAAUGUUGAUUCACCUCUUUCCAUGUUAGAGAAAGUUGGUGGCAUAAAUAACAAACAGAUUUCUGAGGAGAAAAUACUUGUUGUUACGAAAGAUUUGACCAGUGCUCAAACUAAGCAUAAUAUAUGUUUGGUUUGCAAGGAACCUGGAAAGCUAAUAUGCUGUUGUGGAAAAUGCUGCAAGAGAAGUUAUCAUCUUUCUUGUUUCAACCCACUGUUACAUGAUGUUCCCCCCGGUGCUUGGCUGUGUUAUUUUUGUGUAAAGAAGAAGAUGGAUUUAGGUGCGUACAGUGUAUCAGAUGGGAUAGAAUCUGUAUGGGAUGUUGACGAAGGAAUGCAGAAUGGAAAGCAGUAUUUUGUCAAGUACAAAGGCCUUGCCCAUGUUCAUAAUCGUUGGGUCCCGGAAAGCGAGCUGCUACAUGACGCCCCUUCACUUUUAGCCAUUUUUGGAAAGAAUGGUCUGAAAGAGGGAAAUAAAUGGAGAAAAGAAUGGACUGAGCCUGAGCGUUUGUUACAGAAAAGGUUGGUAGCGCCCCUUGAAGUUGCUGAUGAGUUAACUUCUGUGUCGAUUUCUGAGCCUUUGAGUUGUUGUGUUGAGUGGCUUGUGAAAUGGAAAGGGCUUGAGUAUGACCAAGCUACCUGGGAGCUAGAAAAUUCACUACUGUCAUAUUCAUCAGACUCUCCAAUGCUCAUAAAAGAUUAUGAAUGUCGUCGUGAGCAAGUCAGCAGGUCAUAUGAUCCUUUGAGAGCUGACAAGGCUUUACAGGUAAAAAGAGAUCCUUUCUGUAAAAUGUCAAAGCUGCCUGAUGAGUGUCCUGUUGAACUUGAUAAUGAUCACUUAAGUUCUGUUAACUGCCUUCGAGAGUUUUGGUACAAGUCACUGAAUGCUUUGUUCAUUGAUGGUCAGGAGCGUAUCUCAAAAUCCAUCUUAUUUGUUCUUUCCUUGCAAUCCCAUGCAUGUCGACCUUCUCUUAUCAUCACAACAUCAGGUUCUCUUCAACUAUGGCAAGCCGGUUUUCUCCAGUUGGCUCCAUCUGUGAAUGUACUUAUAUACCGCGGUGAUAAAGAUGUUAGAAGGAUGCUUCAGAGUCUCGAAUUUUAUGACGAAUGUGGUCGUCUAAUGUUUCAAGUGCUUUUGGCAGAUCCUAAGGCGAUUACUGAAGACUUGGUUAAUAUUGCUUGUAUUGGCUGGGAAUCAAUAAUAGUCGAUGAAUGCCAGAAUUCAACGAUUAUGAGUUACCUUGAACAGCUAAUUACUCUACACACAGAUUUUAAAUUAGUACUUUUUAAUGGUGAACUGAAGGAUAGCCUUUCAGAACACCGUUUACUGCUCUCCUUCCUCGAUUCUGAAGGAACGAUGGAUGAUGGUUUGGUUGGUCUGAAGGCCAAUAGUAAUGAUUCUCCUUUCGCACUUACUAAGUUGAAAAAGAAAUUGGCACGCCAUAUUGUUUUUGAGUCUAAAACAGACUCACCGAAGUUCUUAGAGUACUGGGUCCCAGUUCCACUCUCCAGUGUUCAAUUGGAGCAAUAUUGUUCUACACUUGUUUCAAAUGCAACUGUUCUUCGGUCAAAUUUAAAAUCUGAUGUUGUCGAAGCUCUUCAUUGUAUCCUCAUUACUGCUAGGAAGUGCUGUGACCAUCCUUACCUAGUUGAUGGAGACCUACGGGGUUUACUAACCAAAGGUCUUCAAGGUACUGAAUUUCUCAAUGCUGAAGUGUGUGCCAGUGGUAAACUGCAUCUGCUAGGCAAGAUUCUUCAGGACAUGAAGGAUCGUGGAUUAAGGGUCGUGAUUCUAUUUCAGAGUCUAGGUGGACCUGAAAAAGUUUUGCUUGGUGAUGUGUUGGAUGAUUUUCUUGCGCAAAGAUUCGGUGUCGACACGUAUGAGCGCAUUGAGACUGGCAUUGUCACGACAAAGAAGGUUGCCGCACUUAAGAAGUUCAAUGAUAAGGAAACGGGAAAAUUUGUAUUUCUUAUUGAAAAACGUGCUUGUCUGCCAAGUGUUAAGCUCCAUUCUGUUGAUGCCAUUAUCUUAUUUAAUAGUGAUUGGAAUCCAUUGAAUGACCUAAGAUCUCUACAGAAAAUAAAUAUAGAAUCUCAAUAUCAGUGCACUAGGGUUUUUCGUUUUUAUACAUCUUAUACGGUAGAAGAAAAACUUCUGAUGCUUGCAAAAGAAGCUAUCAUUCUUGAGAGCUGUGUUGAGAAUAUAAAUCGUAAUAUUAUCCAUUCGUUGCUUGGUUGGGGCACCUCCUACCUGUUUCAGAAGCUUGAUCAUUUGCAUUUGAGUGCGAAACCAGCUUCUAUCUCUGAACCUUCAUUUGACAAAUUAUGUUUGAAUGAUGUGAUUAUGGAAAUUUUAACACAGUUUCCUGGAAAAAUUGAAACAAGCAGAGCUGUCCCUUGCUCUAUUCUCACUAGGGCUCAACUGUGUGGUGGAACGUACUCGAGAAAUAUUGUCUUGACUGGUGAAAAGGAAGGCAUCUCCUUACCGGAUAAAGAUCUGUCCAGUUUCUGGUCAGGGUUAUUGGAGGGUAGGCGUCCUAAAUGGAUGUAUAUAUUUGAGCAUUCACAAAGGGUUCGCCGAAGGAUUCAGAAUUCAAAUGGAUUGGCAAUUCAAGCUGUAGAGGGUGAUAAAGUUAAGAGCAAGCGUCGAAAAGUUGACAAUAAUGUAGACCCAGUCAAGUUGCAUGAAAUCAACGAAGAAAAGGGGGAUGGGCCUGAAGAGAACCAUAAGUCUUGCAUGCUUGAAUCCGAAGAUGGAAAACAACAGCUUGAAGACCAGAGGAAUCUUCUUAUGUUGCUUAGGCCAGAAUUGUCAGAAUUAUGUGACAUUCUUGGACAGCCG